AUGGGUCUCGGACAAUCCAAGAAUACGUCAAUAAAUGAUAGUAAUAAAUUUGACACCAACAUCAAACCUGACACCAAAUUUGUCACCAACAAAACUGAAAGACGAAAAAAAUUCCGUUCUUUGUCAGCCUUGACCUUGUCAAGGGGAAAUGGAAAUAAUGAAAUUUGGAAUUUUAGCAAUGGUAAACGAUUUCAUCACAAUAGCUUAAGAAUCUCUAAAAUUUCAGAUACUAUUAUUGAUGAGGAAAGACUACAAAGACGUCAUCAGUUAUUUAAACGGAUUUGGCAAACUAAUUUUUCGGCUCCCGUUGACGAAACUUUAACGGCUGGUGGUGCUAGAGUCUUAGAGAUUGGGUCAUAUCAAUCAUCUAUGUUCACCGGUGUAGAUAAAAUGCCAUUAUUUCCACAAGAAAAGAAACCAGAAAAUGCUAAAUUUCUUCAAGCAAAUGUACUUAACGGUUUACCUUUUUUAGACGAUACGUUUGACUUCGUGUAUAUGGGCCUAUUGGUAACUGCAUUUACAGCUAUUGAAUGGGAGAAAGUUAUUCCAGAAAUAGUAAGAGUAACAAAACAAGGUGGUUGGAUAGAAUUUAUGGAAAGUGAUUUUCAAUAUUAUAAUGAAGGUCCUACAACUGCGCGUUUAACUGAUUCAUGUAUUCAGGAUUAUGACUUUCGGGAAUUCGUAGUUAUGAGUAAAAUUAUAAUCAAAAAAUUUGUUUAUGGCGCAGUAAAAUUAUUUAUGAAAUCAAAAGGAAUUAUCGGACCUCUAGAUUUAUAUAUACUUAAAACUAUGGAAACAAACGAAAGAAUUGAUAAAAACAUUAAAACUGAUGAAAGAUCAUGUUUUGUUGGGAAAUGGGCUGGUGAACUUGGUCAAUUGGCCGUUGAAGAUAUCACAAAAGGAUGGAUUACUGUCAAAUCACCAAUGUCAAAACUAAUGAAAAUAAAAUCUCGUGAAUACGAUGAAAUAAUAGCAACUUUCGCCAAAGAAGUUGAACAACAUAAAACAUAUUUUAAGAAUUGGCGAUUUUUUGGCCAAAAAAUUGUUGCUACAUCUGCUUCUAAUAUAACUACUCCAUCAUGGUACCAAUAA